AUGGCACCGCCCAUGGCGCGGUGCCCCCGCCCUCCGCCGCCGCACCGCGCUUGGCAGCCGGGUCGGGGCGGCUCGGGGCCAUGGGCGCCGCGGGAGGCUGCGGCGGGCGGGAGGGCACCGCGGCGGGGUAGGGCAGGCGAUCGGGGCGCGGGGCGGCGCGGUGGAGCUCGCAGGACCAUGGCGACAGCGGCGGCGGCGCCCGGGCGGGCGCGGCGAGGGGCGCCCAUGUACUCGCAGAAAGAGCUCACAUCAAAGAAAAGAGAUGAGUUUGAAGAUAUCUUGGAGGAAAGACGGUUGUCCAGUGACUUGAGAUAUGCAAUGAAAUGUUAUACUCCUGUGAUCUACAAGGGACUUUCACCUUGCAAGCCAAACGCUAUUAAAAGUGCUGUUCUCCAGUCAGAGCAAGUUCAAUAUGUUAUCAAGCAGUUAGCCAAAGAGAUGGGAGAAUCACCUGAUAUUAUUCAAGAAGAAGCCACGGAAAUCCUGGAUGAGAUGGGCCACCGUAUGCAGUUAGGAGCUGUCAGAUUUUUUGCCUUUACUCUGAGCAAAAUAUUUAAACAGCUUUUCCAGAGAGUUUGUGUGAAUGAAGAAGGAAUGCAGAGAUUGCAACACGCCAUUCAGGAGCAUCCAGUUGUACUGCUGCCCAGUCACCGAAGCUAUGUAGACUUUUUGAUGCUGUCUUAUUUGCUAUAUACGUAUGACUUGGCUUUGCCUGUCAUUGCUGCAGGAAUAGAUUUCCUAGGAAUGAAAAUAGUUGGUGAGCUGCUACGAAGGGCAGGUGCCUUUUUUAUGCGCCGUUCCUUUGGUGGGAACAGACUCUACUGGGCAGUGUUUGCUGAAUAUGUAAAAACAAUGUUGCGGAGUGGCUAUGCCCCAAUUGAAUUUUUUCUUGAAGGGACUAGAAGCCGCACUGCCAAGACUCUGACUCCAAAAUUUGGUCUUCUCAGCAUUGUGAUGGAACCCUUUUUUAAACGUGAAGUCUUUGACACAUACCUUGUUCCCAUCAGCAUCAGUUAUGAGAGGAUAUUAGAAGAAUCUCUCUAUGCAUAUGAACUCCUAGGAGUCCCAAAGCCCAAAGAAUCUACAUCUGGGUUGUUAAAAGCCAGGAGAAUCCUCAGUGACAAUUUUGGUACCAUACAUAUCUACGUUGGCCAGCCGGUGUCCCUUAGAACCUUGGCAUCUGGGAGAAUCAGUCGGUGCCCAUACAAUUUGGUUCCCAGGCAUCUUCCCCAAAAGCCAUCGGAGGAUAUCCAGGAAUUUGUCAGUGACGUAGCUUAUAAAAUGGAGCUCCUGCAAAUAGAAAACAUGGUUUUGAGCCCAUGGGUGCUAGUUGCUGCUCUCCUACUCCAAAAUUUGCCAGCCAUGGAAUUUGAACUUCUAUUAGAAAAGACCCUGUGGCUUAAAGGCUUAACACGGACUUUUGGAGGAUUCAUUGAAUGGCCUGAUAACCUGUGUGCCAAAAAAGCAGUCCUAUCUGGCCUCACCCUGCAUUCCAACAUUGCUCAACUUGUCGAUGGCCACGUGGUCCUGAAUGACAAAGGAGUGGAGGAUGGAGCUACAGGGGAGAUUGUCUUCAAGCGUGCCCUGGCCAUCCUCAUGUGUGCCACAUACAGAAACCAGCUGCUGAACGUGUUUGUGCGUCCAUCUCUGGUGGCACUUGCCUUGCAGAUGACACCCAGCUUUAGAAAAGAGGAAGUCUAUAGCUGCUUCAGCUUCUUGAGAGAUGUUUUUUCUGAUGAGUUUAUCUUCUUUCCUGGCAUUUCAUUGAAGGAUUUUGAGGAAGGAUGUUUUCUGCUCACAAAAUGUGAUGCCAUUCAAACGAGUCAACAGGAGAUCUACCCUACUGACAAAGGAAGUGUAACGGUGUCUUUCUUGUCAGCUAUGUUCAGACCUUUUGUGGAAGGUUACCAGUUAAUUUUCAGAUACCUCUCAAAGGAAACGAAAGAAGCAUUUACUGAGAAGCAGUUUAUACCUGGCGUCCGCAACUUUGUUUUUCAACUUCUUGAGAAGGGGGUUACGCAGUGUUAUGAAGCCCUGUCUUCUGACAUGCAGAAAAAUGCCUUAGCAGCUCUUGUGCAACUAGGUGCUGUGAAGAAAAAGAAAAUGUCGAAUGGAUUCACUUACAAUGUAAAUCAAGAGGCUGUUAGUAAAAUCCUGGACAUGUUUGAUGCUCGGAUACCUGUACAGAAACCUGUGGCUGCACGACUCUAAGUGGUUCCUGAUACUGUGAGUGGAUGUAAGUGCCUGCUGAGAACACGGACCACUGCCCCACUGGAGCAGGGAUGGGAGCGGGCAAGGUUCCCCUCUUGCCCAGCCAGCCUGCAAGCUGAGAGGCAGAGAGGUGUUUUACAGCUGGGCAGCUCUCCAUGACCGCUUAGGAGUUGCUGCUGUGAGGGUUAGAGUUGUAUUUGUAUCCUCACUAUCUUUUGUUUUUUAAAACAAAUUAAACAUUGUCUUUUUUUUUAAUGAUAAGUAUUUAAAGAGACGUGAACAGUAAUCGCUACCUAAAUACGUUUUUCUAGACUUAUAACAAGGAAUGUGAUUGGUUUCAAAUAUUUCAUGGAUAUGAAAAUGUAACAGGGAGUUGAAAGACUUGCUAUUAAUAUUUAGAAAAAAAAACCAUUGCGGGCUGGCUAAAUGCAAGGCAAGGCAUUCAUAAGGAAUGAAGAGCACAAAUCAAACCUUGGGCAAUAACCAGGACUGCUAAUUGUGUUGCGUUUUGUGUUUUGGUAUUUUUUUGUUUGGGUUGGGUGUGGGUUUUUUUUUUUUUUUUGAGGCAACUUGGCAUUAUUUUAAUUACUUCAUGAAUGUUAUAUUUAAACACUGAAUUAAAGCAGCGCCGUUAACGUG